AUGAUCAACUCUUCUUUGUUCAACAAACCUAAAUAGAGAUAAAUCUAUUUAAUUUAUGCUUCACGUAAUUAUACACAACCAAAAUCAACUCCUCGCACUCAUCUUAAAUUACCUAAUUGUUCUCCUUAACUUAGAACCAAUGAUAACAAAUAAAAAAAAAAAAAUAGUUUCUUUAUAAAUAGAAUGCAAAGAUCAUAAUAAUAAAGCCCUAUUAUCAGAUAAUAAAUUCGAAAUAGAGAUUCGAGUGAAAGCUUCAUGAAAGAUUUGGAAUUGUCAGGAAAUGAAGAUUUGAAAGACAUCAAUAAAAGUUUGUUAUUAACUUCUUAAGAGAUUAAUAAGAAGAUGUAAUUUAAUAUAGAAUCCUAUCUAAAUAAUACUCUCAAAUAAAAAAGAUUCAAUCAAAAUCUAAAUAAUUUAAUUGAUUUUGAUUUGACUUAAGACAAUAGUUCAUUUCAUUCAUUUGAAUUCUCAAGAAGUCGUAGAGAAACACCUCUUCAACCAAUCAGAGUUUAUCAAAAAAAGUGA